GCCGAGUUCAUCCGGCGCGCGCACGAGUUCAAGAGCCAAGGGGCGCAGUGCUACAAGGACAAGAAAUUCCGCGAAGCCAUCGGCAAAUACCACCGGGCGUUGCUGGAGCUGAAGGGGCUGCUGCCGGUCCCCGGGGAACGGGAGCGGGACUCGCGCGCGGCCUCCCCGGCUGGGGCCCCCAACCCCGGCCGCCUCUCGGAGGAGCAGAGCAAGACGGUGGAAGCCAUCGAGAUCGACUGCUACAACAGCCUGGCAGCCUGCCUGCUCCAGGCUGAGCUGGUAAACUAUGAGCGAGUCAAGGAGUAUUGCCUCAAAGUCCUGAAGAAGGAAGGGGAGAACUUCAAGGCCCUCUACCGGUCUGGUGUGGCCUUCUACCACCUGGGAGACUAUGACAAAGCCCUCUACUAUCUGAAAGAAGCAAGGACCCGACAACCCACAGACACCAACGUGAUUCGGUACAUCCAACUGACGGAGAUGAAGCUCAGCAGAUGCUCCCAGAGAGAGAAGGAAGCGGUGUAACUAGAACACCUCUCUAGAGCUGCACCGCGCCUGACCCGGGACUUCCAGGCACCCCCUGGUGGAGAGCCCCUCCCUGGGUCCUGUUCCUUUCUCCCCACUUAUUCCGGCUCCCCCCUCUUCCUCCUGUUGCCCCUCAACUCAUUGUCUUCUCCCAGUGUGAAAAGGAGACAUGCAAAUUUGGAAUCUGGUGGGUUGCCCCAACAAUGAAGACAUCCUCUUCUCUAGUAGGUCAGCCACUGAGAGGGACCUAACUUCCGCAGGGACAGCUGGAGAGGACUCUCACAGGCCAGGAAUGCCAUUUCGGCUUUGACUUUGGCCAGUGCUUCUGACAGAGGCAGAGGCUGGGAGAUGCACCAUCCCAAAGGUAGCAGGCACGGAGCCCACAGGCUGGACCCCUCCACACCUUCCUGACAGACCAGAGCAUCUCAAGGCAACUGUGACAAUUCCAGGGAUGAGACAAACACCAGAAGCAUUGGUUAAGCCAACAGAGAGACUGUGAAUUUGUACACUGGAUUCCCGCCCACCCCCAUCCUCAAUAACCUCAGCGCCUGCCUCCAUCCCUCACUUGUUGUCUUGGCUUGUGCUUUCUUCUCUCUUUCUUGGGGAUCUGAGGCUCUGCCAGGAUUCACAUGCCAUUGAAUCCCACUCUCAGUGCCCUCUGGUGACCACACAUACCAUUCUCCGAUACUCCCACCCAGCAGGCAGCUGUGACAGCAGAAGGGCAGGGUGUAGUGGGCCAAGGGCAGACCACAUAGGUGAUGGAGGGAGGGAGAGAUGAUGUCUAGGGAAAAGGGCAUUGUAUAGACUGGGGAGUUGAACUGUAGACUAAUUAAGUGUAAAUAAAAAUAAAUUAACAGGCAGCAGUUCCUGUCAUUUCUGUUGGAAGCAGCCCACCCCCUCCCUUUCACUCCCUCCCCCAACUCUCAAUCAGAGCUCCUUAGCGUCAAUCAGAGCCAGGCAGGAUGGGAAUUCCCCCAAAGCAAUGGACCAUUUGUCCAGUGGUACACAAUGUUGGCUACCGCCUUUGUGCUUUCAGAGUAGGCUGGGAUCGUGGAGACCGCCCGGGGACUUGGCUUUGUGGGAACUUGCACAGUCUCUUUUUGAUGAAAUUAUCUGGACUCGGUAUCUAGCACAUAGAAUGUGUUCAACAAAUAUUUGUUGAAUGAAUAAAUUAUGACUGCAGACUGGAUCUCCUGCCUUAAACGAAUUUUAUCCCAGCCUAGUCUCCUGAUAUCUAUGCUCUUUACGCUCUGCCAUGUUGCUUCAGUCAAAUAAGAAACAUUUACUGAGGGCUUAUCAUUUGCCUAUCAUUGUGCAAUAUGCUGUGGGACAUAGGAUGUAGUCCCAGUCUUCAAAGAGAUGGAGGAGUUGAGAAAUCCUCAUAUGAAAUUAUUACCAAUGACACCGUUAAUUUAUAUGAUGCUUUAAAAUUUUCAAAGCACUUUCAUGUAUUUUUCGUGUGGUUAGUGAAAGAGACAAUACUGUACAAAUUAAAAUGUAUACAGAUGCAAUAAUGUUAAUAGUUCGCGUUUAUUAAAUGCACUAUCCUCAGAUCUUUACAUGUAUAAUCUCAUUUCUUUCAUGUAAUUAUUCUAUAAGAUACUAUUCCCAGUUGAUGGAUAAGAAAACCGGAAACCAGAAAAAUUAACUGUUCCGAGUUUGCAUGAGCUUAGAUGGCGUAGCUAGGAUGUGAACCAGGUCUCUCUGACUCCAGAGAUUUAGCUGUUAAUACUCUAAAGUGAGUUGCUGCUCGACAAAGUAUUAUAUUGAGCAGUUACCACCAUUCAAGAGCAGGACAAUGUGUAUUAAGUUGAAAAGCCUUGACGAUGUCAGUGAUGGUACAUGGACUGCCUCUUGUAUUUAAGCCCAAGGCAGAAAAAGGUCCCUAACACUAGACUCCCUAGUGGUCAGGGCAGAAACAGGCCAGGAAAAGACAGCUGAGAGCCAGCGGUUAUUUCUGCAUAUUGUUCAUUCUACUUGCUGUUGAGGCCAGCACUAUCCAAACAACCCACCUAGCACUCCUCACCCCAUCCCCAGCUUUGGGGAAGAGUCACCAUUACAGGUAGAGAUUGAAAGGAAACAGAGUCAAUGAUGGGUUGUUUGCUUAAUCAGAGGGUCCACCACUGCAGAAUCCAAUCACUGCUGAGGGCCCAGAAGCCAGCAGCACAGGUUAUAUUCACAUAGCUCCUCAAAGGCUUCCAACGGGGGCUGCAAGAAGGUGCUAGAAAUAUCCAGCGGCCCAUAGUUGCUUGCUUAUAGCUCACCCUCUAGAGAAGAGGAAAAAGAAAAAGCUGUUACAGCUGCCACAUUCUCCCCUACUCCUACCAUAUCUUUCUCUCCGCCCUCUUCCUCCAAAAUGGUUUCUCAUGACCCCACUCUGCAGCAUACACAGCAUAAGCAAAUGUGCAAAACUCCCUCAUUCCCAAGGUUCCAGCUCAGAAAGAUGUGAGCUGGCAAACUGCUUGUUAGGAUCUGAAGGUUGAAGAUGAGGUUUCCGGCAGAACCAGUUCAAACUGGCAGGGUCUUCCCGUCAUCAGCAAGGACUCAGAGUAACCAUUCCUAACAUGGAGCAGGAGAGAGGUCUUGCCUCAGUGAGUGAGUUGGGGCAGGGCUGGACAGAUGGGGACAAGAUUGUUGCCAUCCUUCCAAAGAGAAAGGUUAAAAACCAGAACUAGGAGAGGACAACCUCGUGGGACCUCACAGAACAAGUGUGCAGACUGUCUCCUUGUCUGGUGACUUAGGUACACAUUGGAAUUCCAUUCACUGUGACCCAAAGUUAAAUGAGCCCAAAGAAAAAAGCUUCCUGGGAGUAUUGGUUGAUGUUUGGGGUGGUGGGACUGAAUUUUCUGUGCAUUUGUCCAACAGAGACUUCAGAGGGCUGUUAUGCAAAAUCAGGUCUGUUCACCUUACCAAACCUUCAGCUUCCUUCUCCCCAUCCCUCCCUAAAACAAGGAUUGUCAUGUAAUUACAUGCUUUGUUGGCAGACGUCACUGCUGAACUAUACCUGGAGCACUAAUCCUGGAUAUGACCUGCUUUGUCAUUUCCUGCUUGGACUUUUGUGAUAAGACUCUUUGGGGAAAAAAAUUACACUUUUCUUGUAAUUAUUAUGAAAGCCUCACACGUGUAUUGUAGAAAUUUUAG